ACAGUACUCUUUGCCUUUUUCAUGUUCUUUGUUGAUGCUGAAGCCAGCAUGAUGUUGAAUAUCUAGAAGUCUAUAAUGACCCACUUGAUUAAUUAGACCAUCCCCAAUAAUUUUGUUUCUUUCUUAUAUACUCAUCUCCUUAUAAAUCCCCUAUAUUAUAGCUUUUAUUGCACAGAUGCUAUAUUCAUCCACCUUCAUCGUGGACAGAGAAAAGAGAGAGAUGUCGUCAGUUGACAAAGAAAAUAGCGUUCUUGACCCUCCAAAACAGCUCGAUGCUGGAGCUUUGUUUGUCCUCAAAUCCAGAGGGUCGUGGUUGCACUGUGGGUAUCAUUUGACGACAUCUAUCGUGGCGCCGGCGCUUCUGAGUCUUCCCUUUGCGCUGGCCUUGCUAGGGUGGGUUGGGGGAGUUAUUUGCCUUAUCCUUGCAAGCUUGGUGACUUUCUAUUCAUAUAAUCUUCUAUCUAUGGUCUUGGACCACCAUGAACAACUUGGUCACCGCCAACUUCGGUUUCGGGACAUGGCUAAAGAUAUUUUAGGACCUGCAUGGGGCAAAUAUGUUGUUGGGCCUCUUCAAUUUGGGAUAUGCUACGGCGCAGUUAUUUCUGGUUGUCUUCUAGGUGGGCAGAUCCUGAAGUUCAUUUAUUUGCUCUCAAACCCAAAAGGGACGAUGAAGCUUUACGAGUUCAUUGCAAUCUUUGGAGUCCUAAUGCUGUCCUUAGCCCAAAUUCCAUCCUUCCACUCCCUCAGGCAUAUAAAUCUCGUCUCUCUUACCCUUUCUCUUGCUUACAGCGCUUGCGUCACAGCCGGUUCAAUAUAUGUAGGACAUUCCAAGAACGCUCCUACUAAGGACUACUCCGUAAAUGGCUCUGGAGAAAAUCGUGUUUUUGGUGCUGCCAACGCUCUUUCAAUCAUUGCCACCACAUAUGCCUGUGGAAUUGUCCCCGAAAUACAGGCAACCAUAGCAGCUCCAGUCAAGGGCAAGAUGUUCAAAGGUUUAUGCAUCUGCUACGCUGUUAUAGUCACGACUUUUUUCAGCGUCGGAAUAUCCGGGUACUGGGCAUUUGGCAAUCAGGCUAAGGGGACAGUUCUUGCAAAUUUCAUGGGCAAUGAUAUGCCUUUGCUGCCAACUUGGUUUCUCUUGAUCACCAAUGUUUUCACCCUUCUGCAAAUCUCAGCAGUCUCGGUGGUUUACUUGCAACCAACAAACGAAGUAUUUGAGAAGCUGUUUGCAGACCCGAAAAAGGAUCAAUUUUCCAUUCGUAACGUUGUGCCGAGAUUGAUUUUCCGGUCGAUGUCAGUGAUUGUAGGUACAACAUUUGCUGCAAUGCUGCCUUUCUUUGGAGAUAUAAUGGCACUUUUGGGGGCAUUUGGAUGCAUUCCUCUAGAUUUUAUUUUCCCAAUGGUUUUCUACAACGUGACUUUCAAGCCCUCAAAGCGUGGCCUGGUUUUCUGGGGGAACACAUUGAUAGCAGUAGCUUCCACAGUGUUGUCCAUGGUGGGUGCAGUGGCAUCUGUUCGACAAAUAGUUCUUGAUGCCAAAACAUAUCGUUUGUUUGCUAACAUAUGAAAAUAUUAUAUAUAUAUAUAUAUAUAUAUGACUAUUAAUUAGCUGUGAAAAUGUUUGGAGAACUUUUUUUAUUAUUAUUAGUUUGGAUAAUUAAAUGUUUGAAGAAGUACUGCAAGAGAUAUAUAUGUAUAUAUAUACUUGAAGAACUCUAUUGUAAAAUAUAUCCUAGCUACUUGUUCAUGGCCA